AAGGAUGGGGGGCUUCAGCAGCAGCUGAGUGCGCACACACUGGAUCAGGGGCCGAGCGGAGAGAACUACUUUCUGCGCACUCUUGGCUCACUUCUGUCGGAUUUAUUCCUCGGUCCACACCAACAUGCCAUUUGCCAAACGAGUCGUGGAACCUCAGUUUCUUUGCAGGCUUACAAUCCCGAACGAGGAGGCUGUGCCUUUCGAGGAUCUGGUCUCCAUCAGUCAUGUGGCUCUGUCCCGGACCCUGCGGCAGCUGUCGGAUCUGGCCAAACAUGCCUGCUCCAUAUUCCAGGAGCUGGAGACCGAGAUCACGUCCGCGAGCCAGCGGGUCAGCGGGCUGCAGGGCAGCAUCCAGCGGCUGCAGCAGACCUGCAGCGAGCUGGAGCCCAAACAGGAGGCAGUGCCGGUGUCUGACCUGGAUGUGGAGAGUAAACUGACGGCACAUUACCGAGCCCCCUGGCACCAGCAGAGGAACAUCUUCCACCCCUCCACACGGCCAGCAUGUGUUGUAGACCUCCACAGGAGAGCCAACCUCAGCCUGUGGGCCCUGCAGCGAGAUCACCAGAGGAGACGAUCGGGCAGCAGGGAGCGGAGAGAGUCACCAUCUCCAUCUCCGCGGUGCCGCCGCUGCCAUUUAGCACACAGUCAAGUAAACAGGACAUGUGUCUCGUGUUUUGAAUCCACCCGCUCCUCCUCCCCCACCGAAUGUUGCCGUUCUCCCCCUUUCCUGAGCAGAAAGGCUGUGUCCUCUGACCCCGACUCUGACGGGGUGGCUUUAGGUCACCGGCACAAGUCUCCCAUCCCUAACACCCCCACCACGCUGGACAAGCAGACUAACUGGUCUAAAGCUCUGCCGCUGCCCACCCCCGAGGAGAGAAUGAAAACCAACUCACAAGUCAUCUCCUCAUGUGUCAUCCCCAUUAAUGUGACUGGCGUCGGCUUUGACAGAGAUGCUAGUGUGCGCUGCUCGCUGGUUCACUCGCAGUCUGUGCUUCAGAGGAGGAGGAAGCUGAGGAGACGGAGGACGGUCACCGGCGUUCCCCGACAGGUGCAGCAGGAUUUAGACUCCGACGACUCUCCAGGUUCCAGAGAGCGGACCGUGAUAGUUCACUCCAGUCCCAACGUCGCUCCCUCCAACGAGCAGCUAGCCGGCCAUCUCAGCACCAGAGACUCGGGCUGCCAGACAGAAGACUGUUUGAUCUCCGGAGCGCCAUCUCGGAGGAGGAUCAGGGCGCAGAGAGGCCAGGGAGUCUCCCUCUCGCUCUCCCACUCUGCAGGAAACAUCCUGUGCCUGCCGGACAGCGCCAUGUUCUCCGCCUCUGUGGGCGCACGCCUGCGCUCCCGCAGCCUUCCCCGAGACGGGAGCCGGAUGAUCGACAACGGGCAGAACGACAGCGACGACGAGGAGGAGCUCUCCCCCUUCGACGCUGAGGACUUCCUGCCUGGACCUGGGGAGCUGAUUCUGAAAGAUGAAGAAGAGAGCAUGGACGACCGGGCCAUGUUGGCGCACCAGAGUCCGGAGCACAGCUGGAUGCAGAGCUGCAGGUCGCCCAGGAAGACCCUCAUGGGCAGCUGCGAGAUCUCCUCCAGCUCCGACACCUUCAGCAGCCCCGUGCACUCCGUCUCUGCUGCAGGCGUGCUGGGGGGCCAGCUGGACCACAAGGACGACCACCAGUCCUCCAGCGGGAACUGGAGCGGGAGCAGCUCCACCUGCCCGUCACAGACGUCAGAAACAAUCCCCCCCGCAGCCUCCCCCCUGCUGACGGGCUCCUCGCACUGCGACUCUGAGCUCUCGCUCAACGCCGCCACUCACAUCAGCGACGAGCACGCCGGCUUCAUGCUGGACCACUACCAGGGUCUCAGGACGCAGCGCGCAGGCUCCUUCUCCUCCACAGCUAUGGACUUAUUAGAGGAAGCGGGGGUCAGCUCUCCCAUCGAGGGGGAGUGGAGUUACCCCCACACGGACCCUGAGCCCAGCAGGGAGGCUGAGAGCAGCCUGGGCUGCCCCAGCUUCACCAGCAUGGCCACCUGUGAGAGCAGCUUCUCCGACAAGCCGCCGUCGGAGAAAGCUGACACGGUCUCUCAUUACUCCGUAGACACUGAAGGCUACUACACCUCAAUGCACUUUGACUGCGGUAUCGAAGGGAGCAGAAGCUUCACCUAUAACUAUGCAGCCCCCGGCUCUGACUACGGCCUGGCUGACUUCAGUGGUCACAUGACUCUGGGGAGGCGCUGCCUCUCUCUGAGGAAACCAAAGGCGAGGCCAUGUCCGCCGAAGAGGAGUUCAUCCUUAAGAAAGAUAUGCAGUGAGGGACACAUCCCCGACAACACAGAACCAAAGAGUAUGUGUCCUCUGUCUUCCAAGGAGAGGAGGCUGCAGCUGGUGCUGUCUGCAGGACUGGACAGCUCUCCUCUGGUGGGGUGGGGCGUGGAGGGUUCCGCUGACCUGCCCGACUUGGGCGUGUUCAGCUCCACACACGCACAUUCGUUUAAAGACGAGGGGGUUGUACAGUCGGACUAUGCAGAUCUGUGGCUCCUGAACGAUUUGAAAUCCAGCGAUCCGUACCGCUCUUUGUCAAACUCGAGCACGGCGACGGGUACGACUGUUAUCGAGUGCAUCAAGUCGCAGGAGAGCUCCGAGUCCCAGACGUCCCAGUCUGGCUCCAGAGCCACCACCCCCUCCAUGCCGUCAGUGGACGGAGACUUCAAGCUAACGUCUCCAGAGAAGCUAGCGGGCCUGGCCAGCCCCUCCAGCGGCUACUCCAGUCAGUCAGAAACCCCCACCUCCUCAUUCCCCUCCGCCUUCUUUCCUGGACCGCUGUCACCGUCCAGCGGCAAGAGGAAGCCCAAAGUCCCGGAGAGGAAGUCGUCUCUGUCGUCGCUGUCGUCGCUGCAGUCGCUCUCCUGCAGGGACGGAGCCCCCUGGGGAGCCCCCAGGAGAGACCUGGAGCUGCCAAUAAUCCCCCCGUCCCACCUCGACCUAAGUGCCCUUCACAGUGUCUGCAACAAGGCUGCAGCUCACGGGCCCCAAAUACACAUCCUCCAGCAAAACAAGCAACGCGCUCAGUCCGAGGAGUUCACCCCUCGUCCCAUGUGCAUCACACCCACAGUGCUGCACUCGGUACAGCUCCGCUCCUUCAGCAAGGAGCCUGAAGGAAGCCACGAGGACAAAACCACGUCCACACUCAAGUGCCCCCCUGUGGACUUAAGGAGCACACGCUCCUGCACAGAAUCUAAGGAGCUGCACAGCUCACAGCACACACUGCUGAAGGGCUUGCGUGAGUCGGUGUUUACCUCAAAUGAAGAGCUUGCAGACGAAGAAGCAGCGUGUGAGAGUGAGGCGAGGGACCAGCAGGACAGAGAGGCUCCUGCAGAGAGCGAGCCGGCGUCAGACGUCAGGCAUGAAGGAGAGACGUGCAGAGAGUCAGUAGGAACGUCUGUCUGCUCUGAAGACUGCAGCUCGCAGUCAGAGCUCAUACAGCAAAGAGCUGAGCAGAGUGAAGAAGAAGAAGAAGAAGAAGAAGAAGAAGAAGAAGCAGGUCCUCCUCUCUCUGCUCUGCACAGUUCACCCAGGAGAUCCUACAGUCUUGAUAAAGUGCCUGAUACUGACGGCCAAUCAGAGGCACCGCAAGAGAGUUCAAUCAGCGAAGAAGAGAGCAGAGAAGAACAGGAGUCGUCAGGAGCCUCUCAGGAAGGCAGGGAGGAGUCUGCAGCAGAGGCCGAGGAUGACUUCAGUAAAGACUCCACCGAGGACCCUGCAGAGUCGUCUCUGAGCGAAGAGUCCAAGCCGGAAGACGACAGCGUGUUUCUGUCCCCCAGCAAAGCUCGCACCACCGAGGAUCUGUUCGCUAUGAUACACAGGUCCAAGAGGAAAGUGUUGGGCCGGAAGGACUCAGCUGAGCUGACCGCGAGGAGCCGGCUCGGUGCUGCUUCGGGGAACACUCCACCCAGCAGCACCGUGAGCUCCCCGGUCUCACUGGUGUCCCCCCCGCCUGCCGCCGGGACCCCGCCGGGCCUGCACCGAGCCUCCGGGGCCAUCCUCAGGAACGCCAAGAAGUCCAGCACCUCCAACGAGGAGUUCAAACUGCUGCUGCUGAAGAAGGGCAGCCGCUCAGAGUCCAGUUACCGCAUGUCAGCGACGGAGAUCCUCCGGAGCCCCGUCGCUCCUAAGUCUCCCGCAGAUUCCCUGCUGGAGUCCCCCCGGCAGCCCGAGGACGCCGCCUCUCCCCUGCAGCAGCCGGAGCAGCUGUGCAACCCCUACCCCAGAGCCAACGCUGAGGGCUUCUCCCCCAGAUCCUUCUCCCCAUCUGCAGCCUCCAGGCAGGGCCGCUCCAGGAUCCCUCCGCCCGCCAGCAGCAGCCGAUACAGCGCGCGUAGCAGACUGUACCCCGCGCCCAUGCAGGCCAUCUCCGAGGGCGAGGCGGAGAACUCCGACGGGAGUCCUCACGACGACCGCUCGUCCCCGGGAUCCACGUAGGGAACCGGCGGAUUUAAUAUAAUAUAUUGAGGAGGUUGAUAGUGAACUUUAGGGAUGAACAUGUGGCUGAGUGUUAUAGAUGUCUCCUUUUGGUUAUUUGUUGAUACAUUUUUACCUGUUUUCAAAAAUAUUUUAUACUCAAAGUUUGUCUAAGAAACAUCCUUAUGAUACGAACACCUUUAGUGUCAGAGAGCAGAUCAUUUAGCUUCUGAUGAUGAUGAUAAAAACAGGUUCUAAAGAAUCUUCAAGCCUUCCUUCAGCCCGACGAGCCUUCAUUAAUCUCAGUGUGUAAAGAUGCAUCAGGUGUAUUCUGUGAAUACUUAUGCAAUUAAACACAAUUCUUACAAGUUAUACAAACACUUGUGAUAAUCCCGAACUCAUCUGGACAAACACUGUGACGAACAGCAGUGGGAAUCAAUGUGAAGCCUCAUAUUCUGUAUUUCACUUACUGUAAAU